ACACAAUAUCCAACAACGACAUAACAAUUCAAAUUCGGUCCCCCAUCAAUUCUCUUUAGCUUCACCCAUUUAAUUCCUAGUAAAACUUUAUUAACAUCAUUUUGUCAUCUUAUCAACUAUUUAUUUCAUACUUUUCCUUUUGCUCCCUACAGUGUUACCCUCUUUUUCAAUUCCCAUCUAUUUAUAGCGCUCAUCUUGUCCAACCCUUACCAAUACCCCACCAAAAGGGCAAACAAAUCAAACUUCAGAAGCAAAAUACAAACCCCAAAAACAAAAAGAAAAGGAAAAAAUAAUGUCACCAGCAGCCUCAACAAGAUGGUGUCCAACACCAGAACAAGUGAUGAUAUUAGAAGAGAUGUAUCGAGGCGGUGUUCGAACACCAAAUGCAGCUCAAAUACAGCAGAUUACUUCCCAUCUUUCCCUUUAUGGAAAGAUUGAAGGUAAAAAUGUAUUUUAUUGGUUCCAAAAUCAUAAGGCUAGAGAUAGACAAAAGCUUAGGAAAAAACUUCUUGGCAAACAACUUCAACAACAUAACCAAUUGAUGUUUUCAAGUCAUCAUCAUCAUCAUAAUCAUAUGUUUCCUCCAUUUGAUCAUCAUCAACAUUUCCAACAUCAUAGUAAUUUCCUUCAUCAUCUUAACUUCGAUCAACCACUGCCUCUACCGCCAUCACUACCACUACCACUACCACUACCACUACCACUACCACCACCACUAUCUUGUUGCGGUCCGACACCGUCUUCUCUUGGCUUAUUCCAUCAUCAGCUUCCUCCUGUUGUCAACUCUCCUUGCUUUGCUGCUCAUCAGACAAGGGCAGAAGAUACAUUAGUCCCACGGAUGACAAAUACAUACACAUGGAACCAGGAGUACACUUCGGAUGCAAAAUAUGGAAUGGAAAAUACAAUGCCAAUGAUGAAGUCUAUGAUCACAAAUCAUGACUAUGAUGAUGAUUGGAUGGCGGUGCGAUCAGGAGAUCAUCAUCAUCAUGAUAAUCAUGACCAUGAUGAUGAGUAUCAUCCCUCUAGAAGACCCCUCAAGACCUUGGAGCUCUUUCCUGUCAAUGACAAGACAUCUCUAAAGGAUGGUCACGGUCUUUCUCUUGUAUGAUUACAACAAUUAUUAGUGUUUGAUCGUUCUAAUUAAUUAACAUACUCCAGUCCAAUCAGUCCGGAAUUAAUGGUCACGUUGGACAAUGUAAUUUUAAGUGGCGACGUGACAACUAAAUCCGGACCUAAGCAUGUGCUCAAUAGUAGUAAUUUAUUUUUAUUGUAACUCUAAUCCGUAUUAUCGAUAUGAUCUUUAACACCGGCCUCUGUUAAUUUUACACAUCCUA